AACGACACACAUAGGUUUCGGAUUGGUUUCAAGCGGUUUGAAGUGUACAGUCGCUUCGAAUUGUUUUUGUGAAUUUAUGAUAGUCAUGUGCUGUUAAUGACUACGAAGCACGGUGGCACUCACUUUGGUUGCUCCCGAACUUGUUUCAUUACGUUUUAUUUACAUACUCUGUCUUCCGCAUGGCUCUCCUUCGACCGGUUUUGCUAGUUGGACGUCGCCGGGGCCUCCAGCUGACAUCGCAUCCCAGUAAGCGGUUCGAGCACAACGAUAAAAUGCCUCCCAUAGAGUACAAGUUCGAGACGCUGGCGGUAACAUCUCCAGCGAAACAUGUUCUGCAAGUGGAACUCAACCGCCCGCAGAAGCUGAAUGCCAUGAACAGGAAGUUCUGGGAAGAGCUGCCGAAGUGCUUUGACGAUAUCAGCAGAGACGGGAACUGUCGGGCAGUCGUUCUUUCGGGAGCUGGGAAAAUGUACACUGCUGGUCUGGACUUUGCAGAUGUUGGUGCAAUGCUAAUGCAAAGUUCAGGUGAUCAGGAAGGUGAACCUGACACGGCACGAAAGGCUUCCAGACUUCGAGAGCUCAUAACUCGUUUCCAGUAUACGUUUACUUCAAUUGAAAAGUGCCCCAAGCCCGUGAUUGCAGCUGUUCACAAUGGCUGCAUCGGCGGGGGCGUGGACCUCGUGACUGCUUGCGAUAUUAGAUACUGUACCCAAGAUGCCUAUUUUCAAGUGAAGGAAGUGGAGCUGGGUUUAGCUGCUGACGUGGGGACGCUGCAACGUUUGCCUAAAGUGAUCGGAAAUCGCAGCCUCGUCAGCGAGCUCAUCUUUACAGCUCGUAAGAUGGACGCUACGGAGGCCAAGCAGGAAGGACUUGUGAACCGGGUGUUUCCUGACAGGAGUCAGCUGUUGGAAGCAGCCAUCAAAGUGGCUCAGGAAAUUGCAUCCAAGAGUCCCGUUGCUGUCCAAGGAAGCAAAGUGAACCUGGUCUACUCGCGUGACCACUCGGUUGAAGAAGGGCUUCAUUUCAUGGCAUGCUGGAACAUGUCCAUGCUGCAGUCCGAGGACCUGGUAAAGGCUGCGAUGGCAGUAAUGACCAAAGACAAGGAGCCUCCAGCAUUCUCCAAGUUAUGAUUGUGUUCCAGCAAAGUUUAUUGUUUGUUUGUUUUUAUUUUUUUGUGCACUAUUACUGACUAUUUUUACAUGUAUAAAGAAAGCACCACAAAUAUUAUUCCCAGUUUGCUGCACUGACCUCUCACUUUUUAAAUAUGUGCCUAUAAAUGUGUGUGAAUUUAUACAACCACUUCGACUUUGGAAAGCUGUCAAUUUUUAUAGAAGAAGCAUUAUAAAUAUCCAAAGAGGCCUUUCUUCCGGUUUGCCGUUAUCAUGAUGACCUUGCAGAGUCUACCCACUUAGUCUGUUAGGUAGAAAGCUAUGUUUCUGAUUCCCUUAUGUUGACACUCAUGUAGUUUUUCCAAUUCCUGCUCCUUUGUCGAUAAUAGAUGAGAAGAAUGUUUUCAAUAAAAAAAUGUGAAACAUC